AUGGCGACCCCUAACUCUUGGGAGGAUGAUCCUUCUGCUCAGGAUGACAACCUCUCCCAGAGGGCUCAGCAGCAACUUAACAUGAACCCCGCCCCCGCGCAAGGCGGCUUCCAACCAAACAUCAACUCUUUCCAACCUGGCGCCGCUUCUUUCACACCAGGCGCCGCUUCUUUCCAGCCUGGUCAGGCAGCAUACGGAGGAUACCAGCCUCAAUUCCAGCAGCAACAAUUCUACCAGCAGCCAUACUACCAGCAACAAUACAACGCUCAGCAAGGCUAUGGCGGCCAGUUCAACCAGUCUUAUGGCGGCUAUAACCAAGGCUACGGUGGUGGCUACCCCCAGUACGGCCAGCAACAGCAACCCCAGCAGCCCGCUGCCCCUACGAUUGCCCACCGAACUGCCGCCGAUGCCCCUGCUGCUCCCAGCCAACCCGCUGCUGCCCCCUCUAAGCCCAAGGUGAUCAGCAUCAGCGGCGACACAUCCGCACCCAAGCCCAAGGCCAAGGUCCUUUCCAUUUCUGGGUCAGGCGCCGCUACCCCUGUGAAGCAGGAGGAGGCCCCCAAGGCUGAACCUACCGACAAGCCCGAGGCUGGCCAAAAGGCCACAGCUACCAAGGCCAUUGAGAAGACAGGCGAGAAGGCUAGCAAGGCUGCCAGUACUAAGACUUCAGGCAAGACCUCGCCCAGUCCUGGCUCUGGACGCAACAGUCCCACCGCUGGCGAGAAGAAGGCCGCUGCCCGAGAGAUUGAUGCUGUCGAGAAGGAGCAGACUGCCGACGUCGACCAGGAGACACUUAAGGAAAUUUACGGCAAGGAGCACGUCAAUAUCAUCUUCAUGGGACACGUCGAUGCCGGAAAGUCAACUCUGGGCGGUUCGAUUCUGUAUGCUACCGGCAUGGUUGACGAGCGAACCAUGGAUAAGUACAAGAGGGAGGCCAAGGAUCUGGGUCGCGAGUCCUGGUACUUGUCAUGGGUUAUGGAUUUGAACAAGGAGGAGCGAACGCAAGGAAAGACGAUCGAGGUGGGACGUGGUUUCUUCGAGACCGAGAAGCGCCGCUACAGUAUUCUUGAUGCUCCUGGCCACAAGAUGUACGUCCCCAACAUGAUUGGAGGUGCUUCGCAGGCCGAUGUUGGUAUUCUGGUUAUUUCUGCUCGAAAGGGUGAGUAUGAGACUGGUUUCGAGCGAGGUGGACAGACCCGUGAGCAUGCUAUGCUUGCCAAGACCCAGGGUGUCAACAAGCUCAUCGUUGCCGUUAACAAGAUGGACGACCCUACCGUGGAGUGGUCCCAGGAGCGAUACCAGGAGUGCACAUCCAAGCUCGCUCAGUUCCUUAAGGGUACUGGUUAUAACCUCAAGACCGAUGUUUACUUCCUGCCCAUUGCUGCCCAGCAGAUGCAGGGCAUCAAGACUCGCAUUCCCAAGGACGUCGCUCCCUGGUGGGAGGGACCCGCGCUUCUCGAGUACCUUGACAGCAUGAAGGCACUGGAGCGUAAGGUCAACGCUCCUUUCAUGUUGCCUAUCAACGGAAAGUACCGUGAUCUUGGUACUAUGGUUGAAGGCAAGAUUGAGGCUGGUGUUGUCAAGAAGGGCAUGGGCAUGAUUAUGAUGCCAAACAAGCAAAAUGUUGAGGCUGCUGCUGUCUACGGCGAGCAAGAAGACGAAGUUCAACUUGCCCAGUGUGGUGACCAGGUGCGAAUUAGGCUCAAGGGUAUUGAGGAAGACGAUAUCUUGCCCGGAUUUGUGUUGUGCUCACCAAAGCGACUUGUGCACACUGUUACAGAGUUCGAGGCGCAAAUUCGUAUCUUGGAGCUCAAGAGUAUUCUGACCGCUGGCUUCAACUGUGUUCUGCACGUUCACUCUGCCAUUGAGGAAGUCACAUUUGCAAGCCUUCUACACAAGCUUCAGAAGGGAACCAACCGCAAGAGCAAGAACCCACCUACACACGCCAAGAAGGGCGACAGCAUUAUCGCCCGCAUGCAGGUGAUUGGCGGAGCAGGCGCUGUGUGCGUGGAGAAGUUCGAGGACUAUCCCCAGAUGGGUCGCUUCACCCUACGAGACCAGGGACAAACAAUUGCCAUUGGCAAGAUUACGAAGCUCAUCUCAUCCGAAGAUGCUUAA